AUGGCCCAGAAAUCUACAGUGAACGAGCCGAUAGCGAUGGUGGGAAGUGCUUGCCACUUCGCCGGUGGCGCGUCCUCGCCCUCCAAGCUCUGGGAGCUUCUGAACAACCCCAGAGAUGUCCGCAGCGAAAUCCCAAAGACUCGUUUCAAUGCGGAUGCCUACUAUCACCCCGACUCGGCGUAUCAUGGACACAGCAAUAUUCGAUACUCAUAUCUGCUCGAAGAAGACGUGACAGCCUUCGAUACGGAGUUUUUCGGAAUCAAGCCCAUUGAGGCUAAGGCCAUAGACCCCCAGCAGCGCGUACUGAUGGAAACCGUCUAUGAGGGUCUGGAAUCAGCCGGGUUGACGAUUGAUGAGUUGCGAGGUAGCGACACUGCUGUUUAUGUUGGUGUCAUGUGCAGCGACUACGAAGCCAACCUGUUACGCGACUUGAACACUGCUCCCACUUAUACUGCUACCGGCAUUGGGCGCAGUAUUCUUUCAAAUCGAAUCUCUUACUUCUUUGACUGGCAUGGCCCUUCUAUUACACUAGACACGGCCUGCUCGUCUAGCCUUGUGGCAGUACACCUGGCUGUUCAGUCACUCAGAUCAGGCGAGUCCCGAGUUGCGCUCGCCUGUGGAUCCAAUCUUCUUCUUGGUCCAGAAAACUACAUUGUGGAAAGCAAGCUCAAGAUGCUGUCCCCCGACGGUCGCAGUAAAAUGUGGGACAAAGAUGCCAAUGGAUAUGCACGUGGCGACGGUGUAGCAGCUUGCGUUCUCAAGACGCUGAGCCAAGCCAUUGCGGACGGAGACAACAUUGAGUGCAUUAUUCGCGAGACGGCCUUGAACCAGGAUGGAGCAACUACCGGUAUUACCAUGCCAAGUGCCACCUCCCAGCAGGCCUUGAUCCGCAAGACAUACUCCAGGGCGGGACUCGAUAUCACCAAGCAAUCUGACCGUCCACAGUUUUUUGAGGCCCACGGAACUGAUUUUGCCCCCAAGGCCGGGGAGCCUUUGUACGUUGGUUCUAUUAAAACCAUCCUUGGCCACACCGAGGGCACGGCAGGUGUUGCAGCUGUCUUGAAGGCAUCUUUGGCACUCCAGCAUUCCGUUGUGCCGCCGAACAUGCUGCUGGAGAACCUGAGUGAACGGGUUGCACCUUUUACAAAAAACCUGGAGAUCGUCAAGGCACCCAAGGCGUGGCCCCAACCUCAGCCCGGCCAGCCAAGACGAGCCAGUGUGAACAGUUUCGGCUUUGGCGGUGCCAACGCCCAUGCCAUUCUUGAGAGCUACGAGCCCGCGUCCUCGUCAGCUGUCUCAUCAGGAAGCCCUGCGGUGCAAUAUAGCCCCUUUGUGUUCUCGGCCCACACGCGCAAGUCACUGCAAUCCAGUCUGUCUGCAUACGCCGACUUUCUUGAAAAGGAUCCUUCGAUCAACGUGCGCGAUCUGGCCUACACGCUGCAGAAGCGGCGAUCUGCAUUCCAAUACCGGACCUCCAUUUCUGCCACCUCGGCAGACGACCUAGCGGCCAAGAUCAGAAAGGAACUCGAGGGAACCGAGCUUGAGAAGUUGGGCACAAGAUUCUCCACACCGUCCAACGGGAAACGGCCCAAGAUCCUGGCCAUCUUCACCGGCCAGGGAUCUCAAUACGCUCGCAUGGGUGCCGAGUUAAUUGAGAAAUCAGCCACCGCACGCAAGAUUAUCCAGGAACUCCAGGGCCAUCUCGAUCAGCUCCCUCAGGACGAUCUGCGCCCUACCUGGUCUCUUCAGGAAGAGAUUUGCGCUGGUGCAGAUGCCUCACGAGUUACCAAGGGCGCGUUCUCGUCGCUGUCUACUGCUAUCCAGAUUCUGCUUGUCGACCUGCUCAGACUUGCAGGCGUCCAGUUUGACGGCGUCGUCGGUCACUCGUCUGGAGAGGUGGCUGCUGCGUACGCUGCAGGUUAUCUCUCGGCUCGCGAUGCCAUCUUCGUUGCCUACUCCCGUGGCCACUUCAUUGACAAGAUCGCGAGCCCGAACGGUGGUGGUAUCAUGGGUGCUAUGUUGGCUGCGGGCAUGUCAGACGAGGAUGCUCAAGCCCUCUGCACGGAUGAGGUCUUUGCUGGUCGUGUUUGUGUCGCAGCCGUGAAUUCGUCCUCGAGUGUGACUAUUUCUGGAGAUGAGGACGCCAUCGACGAGGUCAAGAUCAUCUUGGAUGACGAAAAGAGGUUCAACCGAAAGCUUCGCGUUGAUAAAGCCUAUCACUCUAAUCACAUGUUGAACUGUGGUCCUCCUUACGUUGCGGCGAUCAAGGCUUCCGGUGCUCGCGCAGUUGAGCCCACACAGAAAAUCUCAUGGAUCUCGAGUGUCCACUGCCGCCAGGUCACACCUGAUAUGAACAUUGGUGCCGAGUACUGGGCCGAUAACAUGAUCAGCCCUGUACUAUUUCACCAAGCCCUCAGUGUGGCUCUGGAAACAGAUGACUACGAUCUCGCGAUCGAGGUUGGGCCCCACCCUACGCUGAAGGGCCCAGCAAGCCAGACCAUGCAGGAGGUACUGGGCAAGUCUAUCCCGUAUUACGGCGUGCUGUCGAGAGGAUCAGAUGCCAUUCUGAGCUUCGCAUCGUGCCUUGGCUCCCUGUGGUCUCACCUUGGAGACAAACACGUCGACUUGCACGCCUAUGAUUUGGCAGUCAACGAUGACAAGUCUGCUGUUCGUGUUCUCAAGGGACUCCCAAGUUACCAGUGGAGCCACGAGGCAUCUCACUGGCACGAGUCGCGCAAGACAAGAAAGAUGAGGAUCCAGGAUCAGACAUUCAACCCGCUAUUGGGAACCAUGCUGCCCGACAGCGCUGCACAUCGCUUGCACUGGGGACAUUUGCUGCGAGCCAGUGAGAUUGAGUGGCUCUCUGGCCAUCAGGUCCAAAGCCAGACUGUGUUCCCUGCCGCAGGUUAUGUUUGCACGGCCCUGGAGGGGGCACGUGUUGUCGCAGGCGACCGCAGCGUGCGCCUCUUUGAGCUCAAGGACUUUGUGAUCCACCAGGCUUUGACGUUCAACCAAGAUGAUGCCGGCAUCGAGAUUUCGACUUGCCUUUCCGAUAUUCACAGCCCAAGCGAUGAUCGAAUCCAUGCCAAGUUCACAUAUUCUGCUGGUCUCGGGACCAAUGAAGACCUGACAUUGGUUGCUCAGGCUGAUAUCGAAAUCACUCUGGGAGAGCCGUCUAAGGCUACGCUACCUAAGCGUGCUCCUGUACCGCCCCAUAUGAUCUCUGUGGACUCAGAGAGAUUCUACAGUCUUUUGGCAACCCUUGGCUACGGCUUUGACGGACCGUUCCGGUCUCUGUCAAAGCUGAGGAGAAAACUGGGAACCAGCGUCUGCGCAGUCCACUCGGCGCCCCGAGAAGCGUUUGGAAACCCUGUCCUGGUGCAUCCUGCGGAGUUCGACGGUGCUAUCCAGUCUCUCAUCUUGGCCUUCAGCUACCCAGGCGAUGACCAGAUCCUCACGAUGCACCUGCCCACAGGCAUGGGCAACAUCCGUAUCAACCCUGCGCUUUGCGAGUCCAUGACCAACAUGACAGUUGAUGCGAAGCUUGGAGAGCCCAAAGCUUCGGGAUUCAGGGGUGAUGUCAGCCUGUAUACGAACGACUCCGCCUGCGCUGCCAUUCAGCUACAGGGCGUCGAGCUGGUUCCUAUGGGCUCAGCUACUGCCAAAGAUGACCGCAAGGUCUUCUCCAAGAUCCACUGGGUCAAGACGCAGCUUGAUGGCGAGCUAGCGUCUCGUGACACCACCGUGAGCAAGUAUCACGAGGAUAUUCUGAUGGCCUUGGAGCGCAUCUCAACCUACUACCUGCGGCAGUUCGACCUUCAAGUGCCCGAAGACUCUCCUCUACGAAAGGAGGCACCUCACAACUACUAUCUGCGGUAUGCUCGCCAUAUUACUGAGCUAGUUCAGAGUGGAAACCACAAAUGGGCUAAAAAGGAGUGGUUGAACGAUACCAAGGAGGACAUGCUCAACGCCACGGCUCGAUUCGCUGAUCUGCCCGAUGCUCGCGUCAUGCAUCUCGUUGGAGAGCAGAUGCCGCGUGUCUUCAAGGGAGAGACGAAUAUGCUCGAGGAGUUCCGCGUCAACAAUGUCUUGGAUGAUUACUAUGCUGGCGGUUUCGGUUUCCUUCAGUCUGGCUUGUGGAUGAGCAGAACUAUCUCCCAGCUGGCUGAGAGAUACCCCCACCUCAACAUUCUUGAAAUUGGUGCCGGUACUGGUGGUGCGACCAAGAGGAUCCUGAAGCACCUCGGCUCCAACUUCCUGACGUACACCUUCACGGAUGUGUCCAGUGGUUUCUUCGAGGUGGCUGCUGAUGUCUUGUCUGAUUACAAGGAUCGCAUGGUCUUCAAGACGCUCGACUGUGGGCAGGAUCCUAUUGCGCAGGGAUACACUGAGGGAACAUACGAUGUCGUCGUGGCCUCCCUCGUCAUUCAUGCGACCCCCGACCUCGAGGUUACCAUGCGAAACCUUCGCAAACUGUUGAAACCAGGUGGUUACCUGGUUGUUGCUGAUGGUAGCAACAACGGUCAGCCUCACGGCACUGGAGGUUUCAUCUUCGGAACACUUCCAGGUUGGUGGCUCGGUGCAGAGACUGGACGCCCUCUGUCGCCAUUCGUGUCUACUUCUGAGUGGGAACGAUUGCUCAAGGUGAGCGGCUUCGCUGGUAUCGACUCAACGGCUCCGAAGGGCUUCGAGGACGUUAUUGGUAUGACCGUGUUUGCUGCACAAGCCCUUGACGAUCGUGUCACUUUCCUCCGCGAGCCCCUGGCUGCUGAGGUACCCAAGCGCUCCCUUAUUGCCCCUACCAAGAAUCUUGUCAUCGUUGGAGGCAGUACGGAGCCUACUCGUCGCCUGGUCAAGUCACUCCAGGAUUCCAUGAAGGAGGUCCAAGUGCACACUUUCGAAACGCUGAAGGAGGUGGACCACAGCCUCAUCAGUGCCGACAGCACUGUUGUCAGCUUGUCAGAGCUGGACAAGCCUGUGUUCAAGGACAUGACGCCCGAGGAGUUCUUGGCGUUCAAGACGAUCUUCCUGGCCCCAACGAAACUGCUGUGGGUUACCAGCGGUCGUCUGCAUGAGGAGCCAUUCUCCAACAUGACGGUUGGGUUUGCUCGUACUGCUGUUCACGAGACUCCGGCUUUGCACUUCCAGAACAUCGACAUCGAGGACCUGGCCAGCUUCGAUCCUCAUAGGCUCGUCGAGAUGGUGCUUCGCUUCCAAGCCAUCACUGGCGUCUCUGAGUCGGAGAGCAGCCACCUUCUCUGGGCCAAGGAGCCUGAAAUUGCCUUCAAUGCUGAGGGUCAUGAGAUUGUACCCCGACUCCGACCCAUCGCUGCUCGCAACGAUAGAUACAACUCGGCUCGUCGCCCUAUCACAACCCACCAGAUCAACAUUGCCGAGUCACCCGCUGUCCUACAGAGAGAUGCUGGGGUGUGGUCCCUGAGGGAAAUUUCCAAGUGGGGGAUUACUGCCGAGGACGAGACUACCAUCAAGCUGACAGUCAGCCAUGCCAUCAAGUCAGCUGUUCGGACGGCCUAUGGUCACAAGUUCCUCGUCCUGGGAACCGACCCCAAGACUCAGGCACGCUGUUUGGCCUUGGUACCUUCGCUUCGGUCCGUCAUUACGGUCAAGAAAGAGUCGGUUCUCCUCUGUCCUCUCACCAAAUCGACAGAUAGCCAACUACUCACCGCGCUGGCUGCUAUCCUGGUCUCGUUGGCCGUGGUUGAUCCUCUUGUGGGUGGAGAGACCGUAGUUGUCCACAAUGCAUCGAAACUCCUUGCCCAGGCUAUCACUGCUCAAGCAGCUACCAAGGAUGUGAAGGCCCUGUUCGUGGCAGAUUCUUCGCGCCAGCCUUCGGACUCCUCAUGGGUCACGCUGGCUCCUUACAUGACCAAGUCUGAAGUGGCUGGUGUCAUUCCCGCUAAUACUGCUUGCUUUGUUGGUCUCUCCAACCACGAAUUUGAGAAGUCAGAGAAUGAAUCGACGAUUCUUUCCACGCUGGCGCCUCAUUGCCGGAAGGAAACCGCAGAGACACUCUACUCGGCUUGGUCUGAUUCGGUUGCUGCAGAUGUUGUCACCGUUGAUGAUCUCCUACGUGGAUCGAACCCUGUCAACCCCGCCACGGUCAUUGACUGGAAUCUGUCCGAGUCUCCUGCGGUCAAUGUGACGCGCCUGGACUCGGCAGCUUUCUUCAAGGGUGACAAGACGUACUGGAUGUGUGGUCUCUCCGGUGCUCUGGGAGUUUCCCUUUGCGACUGGAUGAUCGAGAGGGGUGCCAAGUAUCUGGUGCUGACCAGCCGGAAUCCAAACAUUUCUCCGGAUUGGAUCAAAGCUCACAAGCAGAACGGCGUCAACGUCACCAUUGUCCCUUGCGACGUGACUGAUGAGCCUGCACUGCGUGCGGCGCACCAGAAGAUCUGCGAGACCUUGCCUCCAAUCAUUGGUGUCUUGAAUGGAGCCAUGGUGUUGAGAGAUAUCUCCAUCCAGAACAUGUCAUUCAACCAUAUGAGCGAUGUCUUCAGGCCCAAGGUGUACGGAAGUAUCCAUCUGGAUCGCAUCUUUGCGACACAGAAACUGGACUUCUUCAUCCUUUUCUCGUCUAUCAACUGUGUCAUCGGCAACCUGGGCCAGGCCAACUAUGCAGCGGCCAAUACCUUCAUGUGCAGUCUGGCGGCCCAACGAAGGAAGCGCGGCUUGGCUGCUACGGCCCUCAACGUUGGUGCUAUCAUUGGAGCGGGCUACAUGGAGCGAGAAUCCAGUAAGGCCUUGGAUUUGACUGUUUCCAAGAUGGCUUUGAUGCAUUUGUCGGAGCAGGACUACCACCAACUUUUCGCUGAGGGUAUCGAUGCUGGACGCCCUGAUUCGGAUGAUGAGGCUGAGUUGACCACUGGUCUUCUCGAUAUUCCAGCCAACGGUGGCCCCGAUGCGCCGAAAUGGCAUGCUAACCCCGUUUUCUCAUCAUUCAUUGCUCACCAGGUGGAGAAGUCUGGAGCGGACUCGGGCAGUGAAGCUGCCACGUCCAUCAAGGAUCAGCUCAGUGGCUGCAAGUCCCAGAGUGACGUUCUUGCUGUUGUCAAACGGUCAUUUGCCGCUCAACUGCGCAAUGUGCUGCAAAUGACAACGUCGGACGAGGAUCUCAUGGCUGCAAGAAGCAGCGGCAUUGGUCUGGACUCGCUGAUUUCCGUGGACAUCCGCUCGUGGUUCUUGAAGAACUUCGAAGUCGGCAUUCCGGUCCUCAAGAUUAUGGGUAAUGACACCAUGGCUGACAUUGCAGAGCUGGUCGCGUCCCAGGUCUCACCAAGUCUGCUUGCCGGUGAUGCCACGGCUGAUGCACCGACUACGAAUGGGGAGGCGGUGGCUGCAAAGACGCCCGCUCCUACGCCGAAGAAUGAUAACUCCCAGGCAACCUCUUCGGCAUCCAGCAGCAGUGGUUCAACAGGAUACACGACACCUGCACCUGAGAACGAUCGAGGUGGACCAGUGAAAAUUGAUUGGAACACAGAAAUUGUUUUGCCAAAAGCAGUGAAGUUGGCAAACAACAACCAUGCGGCAGCUCAACCCCGAGUCAUCGUUCUCACUGGAGUUAGCGGACUUUUGGGCCGCGCUUUGCUGUCUCGGUUGCUCAAGUCUUCCUCAGUUGAGAAGGUCAUUUGCAUUGCUACUCGCCGCCUCAAUGAGCGCCUCCAGAGCGGAGAGCUCCCGAAGGAUGAGCGUGUUAUGUAUUUCGAGGGUGAUCUCGAGCAGCCGCGCCUAGGCCUGUCGGAAGCGGACGCUGUCACCAUCUUCAGCGAGGCUGAUGCUGUGAUCCACAACGGCGCUGAUACUUCUCAUCUCAAGUUCUACCCAGCCAUCAGGGAUGCCAAUAUGGGCUCGACAAAGUACAUCAUCAGCCUCUGCAUGGACCGCAGGAUUCCCAUCCACUACCUCUCCACUGUGGGCGUUGCCCUCUUCGGGGACUACAAGUCUUUCCCUGAGGUCUCAGUUGCCGAGCACUACCCUCCCACGGACGGCUCGCAUGGCUACAUUGCUGCCAAGUGGGCCAGCGAGCGCCUCCUGGAGGAACUUCAGCAGCGUCACGGCGUCAACACAUGGAUUCACCGCCCGUCUACCAUCAUCCGUGAGGGCGCAGAUGCUGCGAACGCCGCGGCCCAGCUCGACUGGAUGAACUCCCUAGUCGAGUACAUGCUCAAGACUAAGGCAGUGCCCGCCAUGAAGAACCUGCAAGGCGCUUUGGACUUUGUUUCGGUUGAGCAUGCGUCGAGUAGCAUUCUUCAGUGCGUGUUCGACAAUAAGCCCAAGACGGCAGGAAGUGCAACCUAUGUCCACCAAGUUGGCGACAUUGUGAUUCCAUUGGACAACCUGAAAGAGUUUGUGGAGAAGAGGACGGGGGCCACUAAUGUGGAAGUCCUCCCUAUCCAUGGAUGGGCAACACGCGCAGUGGGAAUGGGGCUAAACCGUGGUGUUGCUGCAUUGAUUGAGUCUAUGGACGAUCCUGGUCAACCCAGCUACCCCAGGAUGCUCCGUGAGGGGGCUUAA